CCCCUCUUCAUGACAGUCAAGUAAAACGUAAAUACUCCAGCGCGAUGGUUGUUGCUUCUCACGGUUUCCAAGUACAAAGAUAGGUGUAAGUCAAGAUGGCUGAGAAGCCUGAGAAGGAUGCUGUGAUCCGAACACUGCUGGCGUCAGCUCCCCAGAACUUAUCUCUAUCACAGCCCAGCACUCCAACACAGUCACCACACAAGCAGGCUGGGAAUUCAGGUGUCAUUCACCCGUCCUUCCGUCGGCCGAGUUCAGCAUCACGACCCACUUCUCCACGUGCUCUGGGCUCCUCACACUCAGAAUCAGACGCAAGGAUGAAGAAUUCUGGGGAUCCACACGCAAGGUUCACAUCAAUGCUCAGACUGGCCAGUGGGCAGGUACGGGAUGUAGAGGAAAGUGAGCCAGAUGUUGUGCUGAUGGAUCACGCUUAUGCUCGGCCGUGGAAUUGGCGGCCAGAAGCCUCACAUGCUCGACCUAGGAAGAUGCUCUUCAUGUCAAAAUCUUCUCGGCAAAACCGCAGCAGUCAUAGCAGUUAUGACGAAAUAAUUGACGUGGACUCAGAGCCAUCCCCUCCACCCCCACUGCCCUACGAUCUGAACAAGGCCCAGCAGGUGAUGAGCGAGUGUGAGCGCCACGUGGUCUUCGCCCGUCUUGACCAGAUCAAGGCAGAGGUUCCCCACCAGGAGAGGGAGGUGCCCGAGGAGGAGGAGGAGGAUUGGGAGGAGAAGAUACCAAAGAUUGGAUGGACAGAACCUCAGAUGGCCCUGUUUAACAAAGUUGUACAGAUCCUGGACUCUGACAGGCUGGCACGCCUCAGUCUCAAAGAUUCAGAUAAUGAACCGGUGAAGAGGAGGGCACAAGUUGACAAGACAGCGGCCAAGUUCAGACAAGCUUUAGCAAGAGUGAACUGGGACUCCAAGCUGACCCAGUGGCUGCACUCCAUCCUUCUCCAGUACCUGAGUCUUCCUUACCUGGCUGCCUAUCUUGACAUCCUCCAGACUCUAAAGUCCAAAAUUCCAACCCUGGUGGAUAAGAUGGUGGCCCUAAGUAGCACCCAUAGAGGAGCCAGCGUGGAGGCCCUGAACCUCCUGUUGAAGAGACCGUGGGACCCAGCUGUGCCCUCGCUCAAUCAGCACAAGCCGCGUAAACUGGAAGGGUCUGCAAUCAUCAUACAAGUUCCAAGUGGUCCCCCCUCAAGCAUCCCUCAGGCACCGCGGAGAAUACGCUUCUUCAAUGCACAGCUCCACCACAUGGCCAAGACCGUUCCAGUCAUGAUUACACCAGAGAGCAAUGAUGCUAGUACUGUGCUGGAGCAGAUACUGUCUGAAGUGCGAGCACGGGUGGUGGAGUGCAAGAGCCAGUACCCCAAUAGUCCCAUUGUGCUGCUGGGCUGGGGCAUCGGGGCUGUCAUUGCGUGUCAUGUGAGUAUGCACAGGCUUUCAUAUUUUCAGUGUAAAAAGUUUGGAAGGCUUUUGAGUGUGGGAGUUUUCCUUGAAAGCAAUGAUGCUAGUACUGUGCUGGAGCAGAUACUGUCUGAAGUGCGAGCACGGGUGGUGGAGUGCAAGAGCCAGUACCCCAAUAGUCCCAUUGUGCUGCUGGGCUGGGGCAUCGGGGCUGUCAUUGCGUGUCAUGUGAGUAUGCACAGGCUUUCAUAUUUUCAGUGUAAAAAGUUUGGAAGGCUUUUGAGUGUGGGAGUUUUCCUUGAAGUAAUUGAGGAUUGUUUUUCAGCUUUAUAUGAAACUGGAUUCUGUAUUAGGAGGGAUAAUACUUGA